AAGGUUUGUUAUUUGACUUAAAGUUUUCCAGUAUUUUAAAAAAAUGACGUAACAACCAUAAGGUCAGACCGUGCAACAGGCAGCGCUGUUGAUAACAGAACAAAGUGUGUGUGCCACAAGUUAAUUUAAACUAAAAAAACUUUAAAAAUGGCAGAAGUAGGCUGGGAUGAUGUAACUUAUUUGAGAAAAAAAGCACCGCGAGCAAGUGAGAACAAGUCAAGCAAGGCUAUAAAUGCUGCAAUGCGAUCUGGUGGACAAAUCGAAACCUCAAAGAAAUACGGGGGUGGUGGUAAUAAACAACAUAUCGGUGGGCGUGACACUUCAGCAGUGUGCAGAGAUACAGAGGAAACUAAAAUUGAAACAGUUUCAUUGGAUGUUGGAAAAAUAAUACAAAAAGGAAGACUGGAAAAAAAUCUGACACAAAAAGAUCUUGCAACGAAAAUCAACGAAAAACCUCAAGUUAUAAAUGAUUACGAAGCUGGCCGAGCAAUACCUAAUAAUCAGAUUCUCAGCAAGAUCGAACGAAUCAUUGGGCUAAAACUUCGUGGAAAGGAAAAAGGCCAGCCGAUCGUACCCAAGGGUAAGAAGUGACCGGUCACUUUGUGGAGCGGAAUUUGGUAAACGAAGCAUAGUGAUGUUUAGCAAGAGAACUCUCUGUUAAGAAUGUAAAAAAAAAACAUUUAAAGUGACAUUAAAGAAACUUAUCUUCAUAUAAGCUGGUGUUAAAUUCGAUAAAAUAGACCUUUUUCGAACUUUAAGGGUUUUUUCCAACUUGUUAUAUGUUUUCUUCCGAUCACUCCGAAGUUCAUUCAAGUGUUUUUUAAUUUGCCCCUCAAUUCCACGUAAGGAAUUACUGUUUACGCACUCAAUUUAUGGUCCAAUGUGACAUAAUUAAAAAAACCGUUGUAUCUUGCAAUAUAUCUUUGACAAAAAUUGUAUUUGAUCAAGUCUGUUUAGAAUAUUUAGUUAUAUAUUCGGGAAA